GUGUUUGUCCUGUGAGCUGGACACCGACGAGGAGGACCGGCUGUGAAGCCAGUAACCGACGGCAGAGGAGCACUGAAGACAGGGGCAAAAAAAAAGGAUAAGCAGCAGCAAGGCAUAAGGGGGAGAAAGUUCAACCGACAGAAGGAGUUGUUAGCAGGAGGCGUGCUGACAUUAAACAGAAGAUGAGUACGUACACAGUGACUCUGAAUGGCCCGGCUCCGUACGGCUUCAGACUACAGGGAGGAAAGGACUUCAACAUGCCCCUCACCAUCUCCAGGAUAACCCCUGGGAGCAAGGCAGCGGGUGGCAGCCUGACCCAGGGCGACAUCAUCUCAGCCAUCGACGGGGUCAGCACCGAGGGGAUGAGCCACAUGGAGGCCCAGAACAAGAUCAAGUCCGCCAUCAACAAACUUACACUCACCAUGCAGAAAUCUAGACGUCCCGUUCCAGUUCCUUCGGCAGCUCCAAGAAUGGACUCGCCGAUGCCCAUGAUCGCACACCAGAAGGUUAUUGCAAACACAGCUGCAAACGUGGAGUACACCCCCAGCUUCAACCCCAUUGCUUUGAAAGACUCAGCCCUUUCCACCCACAAACCCAUCGAAGUGAGGGGCCCUGGGGGAAAGGCCACUAUUGUUCACGCUCAGUACAACACACCAAUCAGCAUGUACUCACAGGACGCCAUCAUGGACGCCAUUGCAGGACAGUCACAGGCCAAAGGACACGACAGCGAGGAGGUCAGCUCUCCCUUGGCUGGAGUUCUCCCAAUCAAGGAGCCUGUGGUGGACUGUGCAUCUCCCGUUUACCAAGCAGUGAUUAGGCCAGCGGACACAAACCAGGACAUGUCUGAAUGGGCUCGCCGUGCUGCCAACUUGCAGUCGAAAAGCUUCAGGAUCCUGGCUCACAUCACUGGCACAGAAUACAUGCAAGAUCCAGAUGAGGAGGCACUGCAGAAAUCAAGAGAGCGGUUCGAGUCAGAGGUGAAGGGGCCGCGCUUUGCCAAGUUGAAGAACUGGCACAACGGAUUGUCCGCACAGAUCCUCAACAUCCAGUAAUAAAGAGGAGAAGGAAAUCCAAAGAGAGGGAAAAGUCAGGGAAGGACGGAGGACAUGUAAACAUGGGAAGAAGCCAAGGAGUGAACAGGAAGUGGGGAUAAAUUAUGAGAAAAUGAACAAAAGGAGGAGGAAUCUCCUCAGGAAAGCGAGAUAUUGCUGUUGCCUAGAUUAGUAGAAAGUGUAUUACUUAAUAAUAUGAGAAUGCUAUGUGUUUAUAAAUUAUAGUGUCAAUUAUCUGUCUCCUAUUUAGACCUGCUCUCACAUAAAGGUUUUUUCAUUGAUUGUUUAUUGGAGUUCUCUUAAACUAAAGGGAAGAUGUACAAAAGAAAACAAAUAUUCAAGUGAAAUGCAAAAGUUUUUUUUUUUUUUUUUUUUUUUUUUUUUUUUUUUGCUCCUGGAGAUAAAUCACAGAUGUAUGGAUUAAAAAAAUAUAUGAGCAUGUUUAUCAGAUGUGAUGACGAGAAUAAUACACAGUUUAUCCGUAUGCACAGUUGCAGUAUGUAAAAAUGCACUCAGAAAUGUACUGAUAUCAAUGUGAAUAAAUGUUUUAUUAAAUCUAAA